AUGGCGAAACAUACCCCGGUCCCAAAUGGGAUGACGUCAUUCUGGCGGACAGAGCCUCACUUUCUAGACAGUCAUCGAUCGACUGAGUCUCUCCCUCAAGAGUGCGAUAUUGUCGUUAUAGGAGCUGGGUAUGCAGGAGCAUCUGUUGUGCACCAUAUCAUCGACCAGAUUACCCCCGGGUCAAAGCCGCCGUCGAUUGUGAUUUUGGAGGCGCGACAGGCUUGUUCCGGUGCCACUGGUCGAAAUGGAGGACACAUGAAACCUGAUGUCUAUAAUGGUAUUGCUGGCUUGGCCGCUGAUCACGGCGCCGAGGCUGCUGCCGAGGUUGCGGCUUUCGAGGCUAAACAUGUCUCAUUUCUCAAGAAGUUUGUCGAAAGAGAAAGCAUAGACUGUGAAUACACGGUCACAAAGGCUAUCGAUGUUCAGCUAUCUCGGGAUCACAGCGCAAGACUCAAAGAGGGAUACGAAGGAUUGAUCAAGAAGGGAUGUGAGCCAACGAUGAAAGCAAAAUAUAUCCCUGGCAACGAGGCAGAGAAGUUCUCUGGAGUCAAAGGUGCGCAGGGCUGUUUCACAUACGACGCUGGUCACAUUUGGCCAUACAAAUUUGUACUGCAUCUUUUGGAAAAGGCAAUUUCCCAAGGUGUAAAUUUACAAACGCACACACCGGUAUCGGGGAUGACACAGUCUACCUCCUCAACAUCGGGUCAUCCUUGGACAGUGUAUACUGCCCGAGGCUCCAUUGCCGCCAAGACAGUGGUUUUAGCAACGAAUGCCUAUACUUCAUCGCUGGCCCCUCAAUAUAAGGAGAAGAUUAUCCCUGUCCGAGGAACGUGCAGUCGAAUCGUCGUUCCUCCAGGUACUACCGCACCUCGCUUGACGAAUACCUACACCCUACGCUGGAACAAUUGGAAUUAUGACUACCUCAUCCCACGCGCCGAUGGGAGUAUAGUCGUCGGCGGUGCUCGUCCGGCUUUUAUUAAUGAUCUGGAUAGCUGGUACAAUGUCAGUGAUGACAGCUCGGUACUUGAGCCUGCUGUUCGAUACUGGGAUAAUUAUAUGCAGCGGAAUUUUGUCGGCUGGGAGAAUAGUAACGCUUAUACGGACAGAGUCUGGACUGGGAUCAUGGGCUAUUCCACAGAUGGGCUUCCGCAUGUUGGCCAUGUUCCAGGACAGAAAGAUCAGUACAUCAUCGCUGGAUUUACAGGACAUGGAAUGCCCCAAAUCUUCCUGGCGGCUGAGGGUUUGGCAAAAAUGGUACUCAAUGAUGUUCAUUUUGCACAAACUGGACUCCCGCGACUGUUCGAGUCUACACAAUCCCGACUCGACAGUCGCCUGAACAAGAUAUUUGCUAGCACCCCUGGGAAACAAGCAAAAUUGUGA